ACACUGUGUCGGUGCAGGAGAAUCGGAGAGUGGCGGUAGCAGCUCGAGCUGCGGUAUCCGGAGCCGCGACUACGACAUGCCUCUGCGCAUUGGGACACUCUUCGUCAUCCUCGUCACCAGCUCCAUUGGUGUCUUCCUCCCCAUGGCCCUGGCGAAGCUGCCGUCCGCGAGAAUCAACGUCUGGGUGUCGACCAUCAUCAAGCAGUUCGGCACCGGUGUCAUCCUCUCGACUGCAUUCGUCCAUGUAAGUCAUCAGUCAAGAUCCAGGAAGCCUCCAGCUCUACACGCACGCAGACCUCAUGUUCAGCAACGAGUGUCUCGGCGAGCUGGAGUACGAAGCCACCACCUCCGCCGUCGUGAUGGCCGGUAUCUUCCUCUCCUUCCUGACCGAGUACAUCGGCCACCGGUACAUCCUCGCCCGCAGCGCCCGCUCAGGAGAUUCCUCCCCCCAGCAGGUCGACAACGGCUCGUCCAAGUCCGCCGCCGAACAAGCACCAGCCCAACCGGCCCACCAACACAGCGCCCUCGCAGGCCUCGGCCACCACCACGGCGGCGACCCAACAAACCCCAACACCAAGCUCUCCGUGCUCGUCAUGGAAGCCGGAGUCAUCUUCCACAGUAUCCUCAUCGGCAUCACGCUCGUCGUGGCCGGCGACUCCUUCUACAAGACCCUCCUCGUCGUGAUCGUCUUCCACCAGUUCUUCGAGGGUCUCGCGCUAGGCGCACGCAUCGCCCUCCUUCCAGGCCGCACGUUCCCCAUGAAGGCAAUCAUGGGCGCCGCAUUUGCGCUGGUCACCCCCGUCGGUAUGGCGAUUGGCAUGGGCGUGAUUCACUCGUUCAACGGGCAGGACCGCCACACGCUGAUUGCGCUGGGCACGCUCGAUGCGCUGUCUGCAGGCAUCCUGGUGUGGGUUGGUCUGGUGGAUAUGUGGGCGCGCGACUGGGUGAUUGAGGGUGGUGAUAUGUUUGCGGCGCCGCUGCGGCAUGUUGCGGCGGGCGGCAUCUCGUUGAUUGCCGGGAUGGUUCUGAUGGGUGUGUUGGGUAAGUGGGCUUGAUUGCUUGCUUCGUGUAAAUAGAUGGGGACGGGAUUCGCAGGUCGAACAGAGCGAGAUACGCGUCGGAAUGCGGUGGUGGUCUGUGCGUCUGCCCUGCAGCGACCGUAGAUUAACACAUACUCUUUAACUUAUUACUAUUGACAUUAGACAUAUUAUAUUUUGAACUGGACUUAUCUGUAACAGAAUUAAUCAGUGUAAGGGGCACGGUACAAAACUGUAUCUAUUAGCAUACCCCAAGAUGCCGGGUUUAAUGAAGUCAAGUACAGAAUAAUCUGAAGCAAAUAUGUCUAUAGUAGUAGAGCACAAAUAUAUAUCCAAUACCGAUA